UUCAGUUUUCUCUCCCAAUUUUUGUUUUUCCACCUCUCGAAAAAUCAUAAUUCCCAACUCAGAAACAUAUAGUAUUUUUUUUAAUACUUUUGGAUUACAACAUUAAAUUAAGAGUAAUAAUUCAUGAUUUUCUCACCCUUUUCCUGCCGCCUGCGAGCUUAAUACUUUUCAAGGUCACCAUUAGAUUUUUUUUCUCUAUCAAUCGUCAUACUUUUUCUCUCGUCAUUUGUUGCAUCUUUCUCUAAGCUAAUGAGAUUCUGAAGACCUAAUUUAUUACUUAAUCAAGUUCAGAAACAUUGUUGAUUCAUUCAACGAUCAUAGGAAAACUUGAAGCUUUUGAGCAGAAAUAAGAAAAGAAGAAGAUGGGUUUUUUGUCACUCUUAGAAGUGGCAUCAAUGCCUAUUCUGCAAGUGCUAAUAAUAAGUGGUUUAGGAGCUUUUUUGGCAACUGGUUAUUGUAAUCUUUUGACUGCAGAUGCCAGAAGAUCUUUGAAUAAGAUAGUGUACGUGGUUUUCACACCAGCACUCAUGUUUGCAAGUCUUGCCAAGACUGUAACGUUACAAGACAUUGUUUCAUGGUGGUUUAUGCCGAUAAAUGUAGGGCUAACAUUUUUAAUAGGAGGAAUCCUUGGAUGGAUUGCAGUAAAAUUACUGAAACCUGGGUUACAUCUUGAAGGCCUGGUUAUUGCUUCUUGCUCUGCAGCAAACUUGGGAAACCUUGUUCUGAUCGUACUCCCUGCAAUCUGCCAUGAGGAUGGCAGUCCGUUUGGUGACGACCAUGCUGCUUGUUCUGCAAUUGGCCUCUCCUACGCCUCUUUCUCCAUGGCGCUUGGUGGAUUUUUCAUAUGGACAUACACUUUCCACUUGGUAAAGAGUUCAUCCAUUAAGUUUAAGGAACUAAAAGCCGCGGAAGAGGAGGCUGCAAGGGAUCCAUACGAGGACUUAGAAGCCGACAUAAAAACACAUCUUCUUAAUGGAGACAACAAUCAAGGGUAUGAUGCAGAAAACUAUCCUGUAUCUCCUGGAAAGGAAGAUGAGCCUGUUUGGAGGAAGAUAGUAGAGUUUCUACGUCAGAUUGUAGAGGAACUCAUGGCACCUCCAACUGUUGCUGCAGUUAUCGGACUCAUCUUCGGAGCUGUAACUUGGUUGAGGGACAUCGUCAUCGGAGAUGGUGCUCCACUUCGAGUGAUCCAAGACUGCCUCAAACUGCUCGGGGAUGGAACAAUACCUUGUAUCACCCUUAUACUAGGCGGAAACCUAAUUCAAGGAUUAAGAUCAGCAAAAGUAAAGCCAACUGUAAUAUUGGGGAUCUUAUUUGUCAAAUACUUGCUGCUCCCGGUGAUCGGAAUCGGAGUAGUAAAAGCUGCUGAUAGUUUAGGGUUCCUCCCACCAGAUCCUUUGUAUCACUUCGUGUUGAUGCUUCAGUUCACACUGCCUCCCGCCAUGAGCAUCGGGACUAUGGCACAGUUGUUUGAUGUGGGACAAGAGGAAUGCUCAGUAAUAUUUCUAUGGACAUAUGUUUUUGCAGCACUUGCACUUACUUUCUGGUCCACUGUAUUUAUGUCGAUUCUAUAAACAAACUUAGGGGCAAGCAUAUUGCUAUCAUUCUUUAAGGAGACAGAUUUAGACACAGGUAUUCUUAGAAAUUGUCAGACAGAUAGUUUUAUAGUCUGAUUAUCAGGAACAAGAAUUUUUGAAGUGAUGAAGAAUUCGAUAGGGUGCACUUGCGACUAUACGAUAUGGUGAACUUGCGGCUGUUCGAUAUGGUUGAUUACGGCUAAACUAGACACUUUCAGCUCCAGUGUGUACAAGGUUUUGGUCCAUAAAACAGUGUACAAGGUUUAAGUCCAAAACACGGUGUAUGCAAAGUUUAGGUUCAGGAAACGAUUCACUAUUCUCUUUCACCUGUAUCAUUCUUAGUACUUUUUCUAAAAGCUGCGAAAUUUGUUCCAAUAA